UGCAACAAACGUAAACACAGUGACAAUUGACAAAAAUGUCAUAUUUUCCUACUAGAUUUACUACAAUUUUAUAUUUAGUUUUUCUACCUUACCUCGAAGCUGGAUCAUCGUUACAUUUACAAACAGGAUGUGAACAGGGCGAUCUCAAAGUAUUCCUUCUCGAUGAUUUGCUGAAAGGAGACGAGAUUAAAUGGUUAAAUGGCUACCUCACAAAGCAUAAACCAUGGGUUUUAAAUCAGAGAGAUAUUUACAAAGAACGUCAUCUUGAAAUGAACUCGAACACAACCUGGGUCUCUCCCAUAUCUAAUGAGAUACUCGAGGGCACCAGACUUUGGAGAGAUCUCUCAACGAUCUUAAAACAAUUGACAGGAAAUGAACAAUUUGUGUGCUAUGGAAUGUUUACACUUGCAUACAGAUUAGAUUUUAAACCUAUUUCCAAAAUAUCUGAUGAUGAUUUAAUGGUUCAGAUAUUUCUUAACCAGGAUAUGCGGAAAAAUGAUUAUGGUGAGACACUUUUUUAUGAUGAUGAUCAUGAAAUUAUGUGUGGCAUUCAUCAACAGCCUGGCCGUAUUCUCAUUUGGAAUGGUAGCAUAAACUAUGUACUCAAACCACCUUCAAUGCUCUAUAUGCAAUCACAAAAUUCCAUAGUACUAAGGUUGACCAGUUCAGAUGACAAAUACAAAAGCUGCAUGGAGCUUAACAAGGCAAACAAACAGGCAAUACAUAACUCCAAGCCACAAACAUUUCCUUUUGUUAAUGAAAAUGAUAAACUUGAUUGUCUUCAAAGUGGUAGUAUUAACUAUGAAAAACAUCUGACAAAUAAAUAUUAUGAUUCGCAUGGCCUUGAAAUUGCAGUGUUUGAUGAUGUUCUGUCUGAUCAUGAUCUACAAAGGUUAAGAGACUAUUUAAUAAAUGAUUAUCAUACUUUUGAAUUUCAACCCUAUGACAAUGAACCAAGGGAGGACCAUGAUAAUGUGGCAUGGAUCUCACCACAAAAGGCUGAUGUUUUAGCCCAAAGUGGUGUUUGGAAAGUAGUUAAACAAGCUGCAACUUUUCUGAGUGGUUUAAAUGAAUGGUAUCCUUAUGAUGUAUCCAUGAAUAUUGUGCACUCAUUUCAUCACACAAGAAUUCAUGAAGAUUGUGAAGACUAUGAGCAUGAAUACACAUUCUUACUGUAUCUGAACAAAGAUUUGAAUGAGAACCAAUAUGGGGAGACGGUCUUCUUUGAGCGACUAAAUAACGGUGGAGCUCCUGGAGAAGAAGAAUAUGAGAUAAUUGCAGCGGUGAAACCCCGUUAUGGCCGUAUUGUAAUGUUUCGAGGCAUUAUACCCCAUUCAGCUAGACCACCAAGUCCAGAGUUUGAUGGUGCCAGAUAUACAUUUGCAUGCAAGGUCAGCAAGACAUUUGGAAGUGCAAAAUUAAAAAACCUUAGAGAAACUAUUGAAGCUCUCAACGAGCUUGGGUUGGAUGAGGAUAACAUUGAGUUUUCAGAAGAAUUUGAAAAAUAUCAAGAUGACGCACCAGACGAUGUUGUCAACUCAGAGUUAAUCAGAAAAAGAAAAACUUUAGAGGAUCUUUUGGAGCAAAGCCAGGAAUAUUUUAUAAAUAAACUCUCAUAAACAGUUUAAUAACCACACGUCCAACGCACCUUCACCCCUAGGUAU